AUGGAGGACGCAAGAUGGAGGACGCAAGACGGAAGAUGCAAGAUGGAGGACGCAAGGUGGAGGACGCAAGAUGGAGGACGCAAGACGGAGGACGGAGGACGCAAGACGGAGGACGCAAGACGGAGGACGCAAGAUGGAGGACGCAAGGUGGAGGACGCAAGAGAGGACGCAAGAUGGAGGACGCAAGACGGAAGAUGCAAGAUGGAGGACGCAAGGUGGAGGACGCAAGAUGGAGGACGCAAGACGGAGGACGGAGGACGCAAGACGCAGGACGCAAGACGGAGGACGCAAGAUGGAGGACGCAAGAUGGAGGACGCAAGACGGAAGAUGCAAGAUGGAGGACGCAAGACGGAGGACGCAAGAUGGAGGACGCAAGAUGGAGGACGCAAGAUGGAGGACGCAAGAUGGAGGACGCAAGACGGAGGACGCAAGACGGAGGACGCAAGACGGAGGACGCAAGACGGAGGACGCAAGACGGAGGACGCAAGACGGAAGAUGCAAGAUGGAGGACGGAAGACGCAAGACGGAGGACGCAAGAUGGAGGACGCAAGAUGGAGGACGCAAGACGGAGGACGCAAGACGGAGGACGCAAGACGGAAGAUGCAAGACGGAGGACGCAAGACGGAGGACGCAAGACGGAGGACGCAAGACGGAAGACGCAAGAUGGAGGACGCAAGAUGGAGGACGCAAGAUGGAGGACGCAAGAUGGAGGACGCAAGACGGAGGACGCAAGACGGAGGACGCAAGACGGAGGAAGCAAGAUGGAGGACGCAAGACGGAGGACGCAAGACGGAGGACGCAAGACGGAGGACGCAAGACGGAGGACGAAAGACGGAGGACGCAAGAUGGAGGACGCAAGAUGGAGGACGCAAGACGGAGGACGCAAGACGGAGGACGCAAGACGGAGGACGCAAGAUGGAGGACGCAAGACGGAAGAUGCAAGAUGGAGGACGGAAGACGCAAGACGAAGGACGCAAGAUGGAGGACGCAAGACGGAGGACGCAAGACGGAGGACGCAAGACGGAGGACGCAAGAUGGAGGACGCAAGACGGAGGACGCAAGACGGAGGACGCAAGACGGAGGACGCAAGAUGGAGGACGCAAGACGGAAGAUGCAAGAUGGAGGACGGAAGACGCAAGACGAAGGACGCAAGAUGGAGGACGCAAGACGGAGGACGCAAGACGGAGGACGCAAGACGGAGGACGCAAGAUGGAGGACGCAAGACGGAAGAUGCAAGAUGGAGGACGGAAGACGCAAGACGAAGGACGCAAGAUGGAGGACGCAAGACGGAGGAUGCAAGAUGGAGGACGCAAGACGGAGGACGCAAGACGGAGGACGCAAGACGGAGGACGCAAGACGGAGGACGCAAGACGGAAGAUGCAAGACGGAGGACGCAAGAUGGAGGACGCAAGACGGAGGAUGCAAGAUGGAGGACGCAAGACGGAGGACGCAAGACGGAGGACGCAAGACGGAAGAUGCAAGACGGAGGACGCAAGACGGAGGACGCAAGACGGAAGAUGCAAGAUGGAGGACGGAAGACGCAAGACGGAGGACGCAAGAUGGAGGACGCAAGAUGGAGGACGCAAGACGGAGGACGCAAGACAGAAGAUGCAAGAUGGAGGACGCAAGACGGAGGAUGCAAGACGGAAGAUGCAAGACGGAGGACGCAAGACGGAGGACGCAAGACGGAAGAUGCAAGAUGGAGGACGGAAGACGCAAGACGGAGGACGCAAGAUGGAGGACGCAAGAUGGAGGACGCAAGAUGGAGGACGCAAGAUGGAGGACGCAAGACGGAAGAUGCAAGACGGAGGACGCAAGAUGGAGGACGCAAGACGGAGGACGCAAGACGGAGGACGCAAGACGGAAGAUGCAAGACGGAGGACGCAAGAUGGAGGACGCAAGACGGAGGACGCAAGACGGAGGACGCAAGACGGAAGAUGCAAGAUGGAGGACGCAAGACGGAGGACGCAAGACGGAAGAUGCAAGAUGGAGGACGGAAGAUGCAAGAUGGAGGACGCAAGACGGAGGACGCAAGACGGAAGACGCAAGAUGGAGGACGCAAGACGGAGGACGCAAGACGGAGGACGCAAGACGGAAGAUGCAAGACGGAGGACGCAAGACGGAGGACGCAAGACGGAGGACGCAAGACGGAAGAUGCAAGAUGGAGGACGGAAGACGCAAGACGGAGGACGCAAGAUGGAGGACGCAAGAUGGAGGACGCAAGACGGAGGACGCAAGACGGAGGACGCAAGACGGAAGAUGCAAGACGGAGGACGCAAGACGGAGGACGCAAGACGGAGGACGCAAGACGGAAGACGCAAGAUGGAGGACGCAAGAUGGAGGACGCAAGAUGGAGGACGCAAGAUGGAGGACGCAAGACGGAGGACGCAAGAUGGAGGACGCAAGAUGGAGGACGCAAGAUGGAGGACGCAAGACGGAAGAUGCAAGAUGGAGGACGGAAGACGCAAGAUGGAGGACGCAAGACGGAGGACGCAAGAUGGAGGACGCAAGAUGGAGGAUGCAAGAUGGAGGACGCAAGACGGAGGACCCAAGACUGAGGACGCAAGACGGAGGACGCAAGACGGAGGACGCAAGACGUAG